AUGCUUCCCACACCAGAUACUUCACAUGUGUCAUUUGACACCAUCUAUGAGCCCUCCGAGGACUCAUAUCUCUUCCUAGACACACUGGCAUCAACCUCUGAAUCAGAAUGGCUCUCCGAACGUUUUCCGAGCCAAGAGGCAUCGCCACUAGUCGUCGAAGUAGGCACCGGCUCCGGUGUAGUACUGGCAUUCGCCAGCGCACAGUCUCAGCAGAUCUUCGGCCGGCGUGACAUCCUCACGCUAGGUACAGAUGUAAACCGCAAUGCCUGCAUCGCGACGCGGACAACGGCAACAACAGCCAUCAACACAGAGCAACAACCGUCUCCCCAAACAGUGCACAUAUCUUCGUUGACAGCCGAUCUCUGUGCGCCUCUCCGUCCUGGCAGCGUCGACGUCCUCCUCUUCAACCCACCCUAUGUCCCGACUGAGGAUCUGCCGUCGCUGCCUUCUGCGGCGCAGAAUGACCCUGCUCUUGCAGAGGCCAUGUCUCGCUCUGCCAAGUUCGAUAACGACUCGUACUUUUUGUCCUUGACGUAUGCCGGUGGCGCAGAUGGUAUGGAAACUACGGAUCGGUUGCUAGAUGCCAUUCCGGAUGUGCUGUCUGCGCGUGGUGUCGCUUAUGUCCUGCUUUGCAAGCAGAAUCGGCCCGAGGACGUCAAGGAGCGUAUUCGUGGUUGGGGUGGUUGGCAGGCGGAGACGGUGGGGUCGAGUGGGAUGCAAGCAGGAUGGGAGAAGUUGGUUAUUGUGAGAAUUUGGAGAGCUGAUUGCUCAUGA